AGAGUAAAACAAGCAAAUACUAUUUACAGUACGUGUUUAAUAUUACAGAUUGGAUAUUGGAUUGGGGAGACAUUUAUAUGUACACCUAUAUACACAUUCAUACAUAAUUAUAUAUAUACUGUAUAUAGACAUGUGUAGAUUAUACAUAUAAAUAUGGUUUAUUGCACAGACUACUUGAAGCAGUUUCUGUUGUGGAGCCUAACAGCCACAGGAAGGAAAGACCUGCAAUACCUCUCCUUCACACACUUCGCGUGAAGCAUCCUGUCACUAAUGGAGCUCCCUAGUGCAGUGAGUGUGUGUUGGAGGGGGAAGUCUUUUUUGGAGUUUUAUUAUCCUCCAAGAUUUCUUUUCCAGCAAGACAAUGACUCAAAGCAUAUAGAGCUACACAGAAAUGGUUUAAAUACAACAGGUGAAUGUUCUGGAGUCAGACCUCAAUCCAAUAGAAAAUUUGUGGCUGGACUUGAAAACGCCCGUUUGAUACCCGUGCAACCUGAUUGCUGUUAAAAUGCCUUUCAUGCAGUUUGAAAAACAAAAUUUUGAAUGAAAUACAGACACUUUCUGGAAAAUUCAAAGACCAGCAUCACUGUAACUCCCCAGUUACAUCCAGUUUAAAUGCAAAGCUAGUCAAAAAGGCUGCCAUAGUCCUUCUAGUGCUAGUGCCACCAAGUACUAACUUACCAUUUGUUAGAGGAUGAGUGUUAUUUUUCAAAGUUACAGUCUCAGUUUUCUCCGCACUGCUGUUUUCAAAAAACGGUUGUGUUACUUUUGAACACAUCUUCACAACUUUUGUGACUCUUGAUGUGUGUUUGCCCUUUCCAGUUAAUAAGGGAUCUUGAGUAUCAUGUGGAAUGUCUUUGAUGCUUUUUUUAUAUCUCUACACUUGCUAAUUGAGCUUAUCACCGGCUGCUCCACUGCCCUGUUUACCUCCAGUUAAAAGCUCUGUGAUGAAACACGAGUCCAGAGGGGUGACUAGUGUCAGGGAAAGACGAUCAGGUCGGUAGCCUGGGAUGACUCAAAUACUUUCCACGGUCAUGUUAGGGUUUACUCUGCCUUAUUUAGAGCUGCAAGCGCUAAGGCAGGGCACAUUAGAGGGGGUAAGAAUUACUGAAAACAAAGAUUUGUGUUGGGAAAAGAUGAAUAUGUUCAAGCUUAUCUGACAGCUGUGAAGGAGGAUCGCUUGAUUGUGCCUACAUUGAAACAUUAAUUCAGGUAAUUAUGUCUGACAAACCAUCUGACCAAGCCUCCCAGAGGAAACCGUCUACCAACAAGAACAUCAAGAAGCUCCGCACCAUCAGCAUGGUGGGCAGUCUGACCAGCGGCUGGCAGCAGUGGGUGGCACAGAAUGAGAAAAAGCAGGCCAGUGAACCCAGUGGUUGGUGUCCCACCUCACUGGGAGGACCAACAGAGGAACGCAAAAUGAAAUGGGUCCCAAAGAAACCUCCUCCACCUCAGAGCCAGCCAGCAGAAACCCCUCACAUCGUCAGUUCUGGUGAGCCUCAAAAGACGCUUAUUCCUGAAAAAAAGACCCAAGAUGCACCCAAGACCGAGGAAGUUGAGGACUCAGCUGAAUCAGUUGUAGCACCUCGCAUCAAGGUUAAACAGGUGGUGAAGACUGUGAUCAGCGGAGUUCAGGAGAAAGGUGCAGGUGUUGGGCUCCUAACAGAGAAGAUCAAGAAGGAGUCCCUGCCGUCUGACAAGGAGAUUGACAGGCUUCUGAAGAAGAAGAGUUCGCCCACACGGAGAAGAAAAUGCUCCAACAUGGUGUCAUCUCUGACCAAAAGCUGGAAGCAAGUGGAGAAGGAGCAGAAGACUGGAGGGAGAGUAGACAGCAGGCACUCAGAGACAGAGAAAGAGAGAGUGGGCGCAGAGGGGGCUAAAAUAGACGGGACGGGCUCUUUGAAAGAUGACACAGAAGAAGAGUCUGAGUCAGCUGUCAAGAUUAAAAGACCAUCAGUCCCAGUGUACAAAAAGGAAGCCGAGGACGCCAACAAGAUCAACACCCUCUCCAAGAAUUACAGCGCUGUUGGAAACCUCAAGAGCCGCUGGCAGAACUGGGCCUCAGAGCACACCAUCAACCAGAAACUAAACCCCUUCAGUGAGUAUUUUGACUAUGAUUACUCCAUGUCGCUCCGCCUCCAGAAGGGACAGGAGGGUUACGGACGUCCAAAAGAGGGAACCCAAACAGCGGAGAGAGCCAGACGAGCAGAGAAGCACAUCCACCGUGAGAUCGCCGACAUGUGUUACGUGAUCAGGACGAUGGCCGAUCCGGACCCAGACGGGAAGACCCGGGUGACGUUUGGACAGCUGUUUGACAGAUAUGUUCGGAUAUCGGAUAAAGUGGUCGGGAUUCUUAUGAGAGCAAGGAAACAUGGGAAGGUGGCGUUUGAAGGGGAGAUGCUGUGGCAGGGCCAGGAUGACGGAGUGAUUAUAACUCUGCUGGUGUGAUGUUAACACCUGGGUCAAAGGGGCACUGGAAAUCCUCUUACAGCUACUCAGCUGCUAUGAUUGAACUUGAGGUCUAACCUCGGUUAUGCUAGAGCUGGGCUAAGACGGGGAUUUAAAACACAACUUGACCUGGGUCUUUCACUGGACACAUGAAGAAUGUGCUGAAGAGACUGAGCUUGAAUAUUUAAUAAUAUUUACAACACCGGUACCAUUAAAACACAGCAAAAGACAUUUAAAAUGAAAUAUAUGGAAGUAUAAGAUCUUAAGAAACAUAAAGUGACAUUUAACAAAACAGAACUUAAAUAUAUUGACAUUUGGGCUCCAUAUUGAUUCGGUGGGUAGCUCUAUGGUCUCCCAGCAAAAAGGUUUCUGGUUAAAUUCCAGUCAGACUGAGCCUGGAGUUUAUUUGUUUCCUCUGUGUAUACAGUGGCUUGCAAAAGCAUUCAUACCCCUUGAACUUUUUCACAUUUCUUCAUGGUACAACCAGAAACGUACAUAUAUUUUAUUGGGAUUUUAUGUGACAGAUCAACAUAAAGUGGCGCAUAAUUGAGGAGUGAAAGUAAAAUUAUACAUGGCUUUCAAACUUUUUUACAAAUAAAAAUCUGAAAAGAGUGGUGUGCCAAAGUAUUCAGCCUCCAGGAGUCUGAUACCCAUGAAUCAAAUCCAGUUCAGAUAGAGCUAAACAUUUGAGAUCAGCUUCAGUUUAUGUUACAAUAAAAGCAUUUUCACUGUGAUCCCCUUAUGCUAGGGGAAAGAAGCAAAAUCUAAAGUUUUCAAAGCAAUACACAGCAACAACAACAUAAACUGGUGACUAAAGAAUUCAAUGGUAGGGGCAGCGAUAAAAAUGAAGAAAUCUAUGUCAACUGACGGGGAGAAUAAUGACUAUUUAUCCAGACGUACCAUCAUUUUUUUUACGCCAGAGCUAGCAACACUGCUGCAUUAGUUAAGGAUACUAACUCGCUAACAACUGCUCUCCUGGUUCAUGUUUUUUCUGAAAACUACUGUUGAAGCCAUGCAUUUGUUUCAAAUGAUUUCACUGAGUGGGGCGUAUCAUACUAUAGCACCAAUGCAGUUGGAUUGGUGUUUUAUGUUUUGUUUUUUUGUAAAAUAGGGCCAAAUGCCCAGGCUUUUUUUGGGGCAGAAUUGAGUAUGUAGCUCUCCUGAAACAUUUGUUAAAACUGAGUUUUUAUGACCCUGUGAGAACAUCAAGAAGCUUUCUUUCCAGAGUCACUGAAAAGCCCAUGCAAUCAAAAGAGGAAAUUAGACUUUAAAUGCUUGAAAGAGUUAAAAAGGGCAAUAAAAGCACAAAGAAAUGAACAAUACCAGGCAUCUGCAUCCUUUUUAAAAGAAUUCAUUACAUUUUUUACCUUUUCUUAUAUAUAAGUGAAGACUUUUUGGUCAAUGUGGUGAGUAUUCAAGUUGUAGAGGUCAUAAAAAUGUUUAAUAAAAUCUGCUUAAGAUGAAAUUCGGUAAACAUGCCGAUCAAAGAUAAAAAAAGAGACCUCAUUUUAAAUUUCCUGCUUCUCACAAACACUUUUUGCUUUAAUUUUAUGGCUUGUAUUAAUGACAGACUUGAUUAUAUGUCAAUGUGCGGAAUGAGCGGAGGCUUUGCAGUGCAGUGAGGCUCAGUAAUUUAAACAGGAAUUGGGUUUCAUUGCCUGAAUACCUGCAGCUCAGCACUCAUUACACUGUUACCAGCACAAUGCAGAGGAACAGAGCAGAGCACAGCACUUUUAGCUCUAACGGCCUGUUACACUGAGACUUUUAUGAUUAAUGUGAAGAGUUUCUAGGACUGUCUGGGGAAAGGGGGAACUUUUCCCCCUCAGGCUGUUUUGUAUGAGAUGAGUUCUUUUUUUGUGUUUAUGUAGAUUCUUACUGUACAAAUUGGCAUGUGUGUAUAUCUUAAGUAUCUUCUGGUAAAUGAUCUGCAUUCUGAUACAGAUUUGACGAUACCGUAUACCACAGCUUUAAAGGUUUCUGUUUAUGUUGCUUUCUCAUGACAAUAAAAAUGCAAAAUGUCUUUUCUUAGCACAUAUCAAAAAUAACUUCAAAUUUAAGAAGGUAGAAUAACUAAUAAACAAUGUAUGUUUUUAUGCCUGCGCUCUAGCAUUAGCCAGUGGAUUGUCCAUCAGCACAUUUGUCUGUGUGUGCAAACAUCAAGACCAUUUCCAUACCUGCUAUUCCAAGAACACUAAAAGAGAUUUUCUUCAAACUUUGCACAAAUAUCCACUCUGACUCAAAGGUGAGCAGAUUACAUUUUGGAGGUCAAAGGUCAUAUGGCCUAAUGUUUAUCCUUUGCUAUUCAAUAUCAUACCUUAAGAUUGAUUCAAGGGAUUUUCUUCAGAGAUGUCCAGUCUGACUCCCGUUGAAACUUAUUUGAUCUGGAGGUUGAAAGUCACUGUCGCUGGGCCUUGUGUCCAUCCCUUUCAGGUUAAUGUGUUUUCUCAAGAACACUUUCGGGGAUUUUCUUCAAAAGUUGCACUAACUUCCACUCUGAUUCAAGGAUGAAUUCAUUAGAUUUUAAAGAUCAAAGGUCACUGUGGUUAUUUUUAUCCCUAUUUUCUAAAUUUCUACAAAUCACACCACUACAGUCCAGCUUUAAGUGUUCACCAGAGAUAAACCUCAAAAAGGCAUGAAACAGCCAGCCAGCAGUUGCAGUUUCUUUAUAAAUGGCAGUCCUGACUGGUGCUUCUGGUUUGGCUACUGACACUGAACAAGAGAAGCCAAAAGCAGAGAGCAAACUCUGCUUGUAACAAAAAUCCUUCCGCAACAUCUUUAUAGUUUUGGCAAACAGAUUUCAAUAGUCAGGUUGCUCCCAUAGACCAAAACAAAAAACACCAAGCCGUCUUGGGGCACACUGUGCAUCUCAGAUGCUCCCUCUUGCAGAUUACUGUGAGAUGCCACCCCCAUGAUAAAUACCAGUCUGGCUUUAGAACAAAUCUUAGUACUGAAACAGCACUUGUGAAGACACUGUAGAUCAAGAAAUCUUCAUUUGUGGAUGCUAUUAUUCUGUUGGAUUAUCUGGUUAAGGCCAUAAGUGUUUUUCUUUCUACCUACAAAACAGAAAUUUCUAUGUCUCUGUUAUUAAUUUUAAAUCCACUGACAGAUGUUUUCACAGGUGUCCCACAGGGCUCAAUUCUCAGACCGUUACUUUUCAACUACAUUCUUCCAAUCCAAACAGUCAUUAACAAACAUUAUAUAUCCUCAUUAUGCUGAUGACACACAGCUUUACAUUUCUGUUUCUUUUGGUGAUCUUAGUUUGGUAAAUGAAUUUCUACACUGCAUACAGGAUGUCAAUAGUUUAAUGUCAAACAAUGUGCUUAAACUGAACUCAGACAAAACUUAAAUAUUAAUUGUUGGCCCCAAAAAUCAAAGAGCAAAACUCUGCUCAACUUCAAUUUCCGUUAAAUAAAGUGAGCACGUCAGAAAUCUUGGCAUCAUUUUGGACUCAACUUUAAAAAAUAUAUAUCCAGAAUCACCAAACCAGCAUUCUAUCAUUUAAAAACAAGUCCAAAACACAGCUGCCAGUGUCCUAAAACGCACUAGGAAAUAUGAUCAUACCACUCCAGCCCCCAGAACACCCCACUAGCUUCCAUGCAAUACAGAAUCCCCUUCAAAGUCCUCCUCCUAGUCCAUAAAGCUCUCAAUGGUUCAGCCCCUGAAUACUUUUCUGACCUGCACACAGUCUACUACCCAGCCUGACCCAACCUGGUCAUGUCGUCAGGGGAAGGUCUUUUAGCCGUACCUCAGUUACUGUGGUCAUUCACUCUGGAACAAACUCCUAAAUGACCUGAGGUCUGUUACUACUUUUUUAAAACUAAACUAAAAACCUAUCUAUUCACCAAAGACUAUGAAUAAUAUAUAUGUGUUUGAGUUUAUGUGAUCCUUGUGUGGUUGUACCCCUUUUUCUUAAAAUGUUAUGCUUCCCACUGUUUAAUUUCUAUGUCUUGUCUGCGAUUUGAUUAUUUACAAGCCUUCUUAAGGGUUUUUUAUGAUUAUGGAAAUAACUGCUUUUACGUUUUUUGACCCUCAGUGUGAGCUUUCCUGUAAUGAAAUGUGCUCUAUUAAUAAAGUUACUUACUAAGGUAAGGGUUACGAUACCAAAAGGUAAAAAUACAAAACCUGAUCGCAAAAUGUUUAAUUCAGAUGAGUAACAGCCUGCUUACAGGGGGAAAUCAUAGAAAGCAUACUCACCUUCUCAAUAAUUGUCUGGUAUGGUAAUUUAGACUCACACUCACGCUAAAAACUACAGCGCAUUGUCGAUAAAUCCUCAGAAAUCAUCGGUCAACCCCUCCCAUCCAUAGACACACCAUAUCAUCGACGCGUCACACAAAGAGCCUUCAAAAUCACCUCGGACCCCUCCCAUCCUCUUCAUCACCUGUUCACUCUCAUGCCCUCAGGGAGGCGCUACAGAUCUCUGCCAACCAAGUCAGUAAGAUUCAAAAACAGUUUCAUCCCCUCUGCCAUAAGAACACUCAAUCAAUCCAUGGACUAAAUAUGCCUUUUGUUGUACUGCUGUAUGUCUAAUGUUUUUGUCUGUUCUGUGAUGACACAGCUGAUGUGAGCAUCCUUUUAAAGUGCUGUUUCAAAAGCAAAUUCCACCAAACUGUUUGUGUUGUCAUUAAUAAAGAUUCUGAUUCUGAAA